AUGUGGAAUGGUUAUGAUCAAGAAAUGAGAGCAAGAUAUCAAAGAAGCAAGAGUAUCAGAAGAGAACGGAUCAAACAAGUGUGUCAAGUUAAUGAUCCUGUUCUCAAUCUUAGCUUUGAUAUGAUCAAAGAAGCUAAUACCAUUGAUGGUGAUUAUACAAACCAUGAUUAUCUUCAUCAAGUGGAAAGUAUUUAUAGGUUAUUCCAACUCUCAUCUGAAGAUGAAGACAGUAUUAGAAAUGGAGAUUUGGUACUCACAUAUGAUGAAAGUAUAUAUAAUAAACUUUCAUGGUUUAACAUGUCAAUGGCAAAACCUGAGACGUUGUUAAUAAAUCCAUUAUUAGAUCUCAAUAAUUCAUUCAUAGAAAGUUUAAUUAGGAAAUUAUUCGCAAAUGAACAUGAUCGGGAAAUUUGUCGUCAAGAUCCAUAUGUUAAACUAUUCACAAAUCCAUCACAACCUUUAAGAAAAAAUAAAUUACUGAAUUAUCAUAGAAAUGUUGUCAUAUCACAAUGUUCUGAAAUUCCUUUGAUUGAAAUAUCUAAAGAAUGUAAUGAAUUUUUACAAGAUUCUAACGAGGUGCAAGAUGUUAUUGAAAUAGGAGAAUGUAUUUCAUCACUUUGGUAUUCACCUAGAGACAUUUUAGAAGCUAAUAGUUUUAAUGCAUCAAAAGAAAGCAUUGAACAAUACACAUUUUUAAACGAGAAUUUCAUGUCAAUGAAAGAUAAAUCUAUUCAAACUCGAAUUGAAAAAUUAACCAGAAAACUUUGUGGUCAAUUAAGUUCAUUAUCAGGGGUUGAUAUAUCAUCGAAAAUAUUAGAUAUUUGUUAUGGUGUUAAUCUAACAAUGCAUAAAUUGAAUAAGAAUUAUAAAUAUUUAAGCUUUUUCCGAAAACAUUUUGACCAAAGAAAUUAUGAUUUGAAUUCUUGCCUUGGUGAAUUAAUUAAUCAUAGAUUGGAAAAUACAGAUAUCAAAGUGAGCUCGGGACAACUUUUCACCAUGAUAGGAAAUGACAUGAUGAUUGAAACAACAAGGUAUAAAUAUUUACAAGAUGAUUUUAUUAAGUUUAUUAAUUCAACUGUUAGGGAACAGAUUUCUUUAAAAGAAUUUAAAGUUAUUCGUAAUUUGAUUAAACAAGCAAUUUUAUAUUGUAAACAAUCAAAUUCCACAAUUGUUGUUAUAUCUAAUUUAUCAACAAUGAUAAUUUUGGAAUUAGAUAUUAAUGGAUGUGAAUUAAUUAAUGUUGAUGAAGAAAAAUUAUUUGAUGUUAAACUAAGAUAUAGAAUGAUAAAUUUGGAAGAUCAAUACUUAACUAUGAGAUGGGAAUUUGUUUAUUUGUUUAAACAACUCGGUAAAGAAAUCGAUCAAAAUGUUAAGGAUGAAUUAUUGAUUCAAUUUCUUUGGAAAUUUCAGAUAAGUGAUAAUGAACGAUUACAGAAUAAAAAAGCAGUGAAUAAGGGUGAUAAACUUCCAAAUAUCAAUGAAGGCUCAAUUGAUAAUUUCAUAACAAGACCUUUACCCAAAAUUUUCUCAAACAUUGAUUUUUUCCAUCGAGUUUCAAAACAUGAAUCUAUGUAUAAUACCAAAAAAAUGGUUGUUAUACAUCAAAAUGUUAAAAAUGCAUUUGGUUAUGAAAUUGAAGGGAUUCCAUUAGAUAAAAAAAUGAUCUUAAAAGUAUAUAAAAUAGAUUUACCAGCUUUCGAUAAACUUGAAGAUGAAAUUCAACAUGGUGCUUUUGAAAAAGAAGUCAAGUCUUUAGAAUUUAUCAACAAGCAUAAUUUAAAAUGUGAAAAAGAAGGAUCAAAAGAUGCUAUAGUUAAUGUACCAAAGAUCUAUAAGCAUUUUAUAAUGAACUUGAAAAAUUCCGAAACGAAGCUUUCUGAAUUACACGGAUAUGCCAUAUUAAUGGAAAAGAUUGAACAUGUUGAUAUUUGUUUGAAUCCUAUAAUUGAAGAUACACCAUAUCUCCAAGAUUUAGAAAGACAAGUAUUAGUGAUGGAGAGCUUGGGAAUUAAACAUAACAAUCUAGAGGAAUUAGGGAACGUGGUUCUAGAUAUGAAUAUGAAACCUUUUAUAUUAGAUUGGGGGUUAUCAGAGAUUAAUCAAGAAUCUUGA